GAUAAAAUGCGUCUUUUAUUACAUCUCUAAUCAUCCCAGCAGUGUUAAUGAGUGCAUGAUGAGUGCUGCAGUACCCACGGCUGCGUCCCAAUCCGCACGAUUAAACAGCACUGAGCAUUAGGUCACAGGACAUUACGCGCUAGUAUGCGGUUAGGGACGGAGCCGUGGUUGUCAGGGGGCGUGGCCUGUUGUCAAGGCGAUCACUGAACCCGAGAGCGUCACUCUGCUAGUUAACGCUAUAAUUCACGAACACGGUGAUGUUUACUCCAGUUUUUCUGUCAGGAACAUGAUAUAACCGGCUCUUAUUGACUUCCCUGUAGGAUGGCAGAGAUUUCCGGGUUACUGAGUGUGAGCUGAAUUAGCCAGCUAGCUGAAUUAGCCAGCUAGCUAACAGAGUAAAAAUGCGCGUGAGCCCUUAGGUGAGAGCUGUGAGGAAAAACUCCCUGAGAAGCCAUGAGGAAGAAACCCUGAGCCUCAAAAUGGACUCCAUUUGCUUCAGAUAGUGGGAUUAUUCACUUCCAUUUACAUUUACAUUUACGUACAAUUCUUAUCUUAUCCAGAGCGACUUACAUUUAUCUCAUUCUUACAUCUGAGCACUUGAGGGCCUCGCUCGAGGGCCCGGCAGCGGCAGCCUGGCGGUGCUGGGGUUCCUGACUUUCUGAUCAGUGGUACAAAGUCUUAACCAUGUUAAAUAUUACAGUAUAGAAGUGUGUAGAGGAGUAAAGUGUAAAGCCAGAGAGAACUGAGUGUGUUUACAGUGUGAGAAUAUUCUGAAGAAGAGUCCUGGGAUGAGCACAGGACAGUCUUUAUGAUUACAGCAGCAGCUCAGCAACAAAUCUACAGAAUCCAGAAAGCCCAGAAGUCCCAAGAUACCAGCCAUGCCUGUUGCAUCAUCCAGCUCUGACUCAGCGAUGCACAGCGUCGUGGACACACUGAGUGACAGCACCGGCUCCACCACGGCCAAUGAUCUAGACCUCAUCUUCCUGAAGGGCAUCAUGGAGAGCCCUGUGGCCCAUGAGCGAUUCGAGGAGCCGAAGCUGGAGGCAGUGAGGGAGAACAAUGUGGAACUGGUGCAGGACAUCCUGAAAGAUCUCACACCGCUCACCCAACAGAGCCAGGCAGCACACGAACUUGCCCGGAUACUCAGUGAGCCACACUUUCAGUCCCUGCUGGAAACACACGACUCUGUAGCUUCCAAAAGCUACGAGACUCCACCACCCAGCCCCUGUGUCUUCAUGGACCCUGCCCUCAACAACCAGCCCGUCCCUCCCGAUGCUGUCAGGAUGGUCGGCAUACGCAAAGUCUCUGGAGAACAUCUGGGCGUGACGUUCCGUGUGGAGGGCGGCGAGCUGGUGAUCGCACGCAUCCUGCAUGGUGGUAUGAUCGAUCAGCAGGGCCUCCUGCAUGUCGGUGAUGUCAUCAAAGAGGUCAACGGGAAGGAGGUGGGCAGCGACCCCAAAGUGCUGCAGGACAUGCUAAAGGAAGCCAGUGGCAGCGUCGUGCUCAAGAUCCUGCCCAGCUACCAGGAACCACACACACCCCGCCAGGCAUUUGUGAAAUGCCACUUUGAUUACGACCCCGCUCACGAUAAUCUGAUCCCCUGCAAGGAGGCUGGCCUUCGGUUCCACAGUGGCGAAAUCCUGCAGAUCUUCAACCAGGAUGAUCCCAACUGGUGGCAGGCGUGUCACCUGGAGGGCGGCAGCGCAGGUCUGAUCCCCAGCCAGCUGCUGGAGGAGAAGAGAAAAGCGUUCGUGAAGAGAGACCUGGAGCUAAACACAGCAGGACCUCUGUGUGCAGGCAUGGGGGGGAAGAAGAAGAAGAGAAUGAUGUACCUGACCACCAAGAAUGCAGAGUUUGACAGACACGAGCUGCUGAUCUACGAGGAGGUGGCGAAGGUGCCGCCGUUCCGGAGAAAGACUCUGGUGCUGAUCGGCGCUCAGGGAGUCGGACGCCGCAACCUGAAAAACAAGCUGCUGAUGUCACAACCUCAUCGCUACGGCACCACAACACCCUACACGUCCCGUAAGCCCAAAGUGGACGAGAAGGAGGGACAGAUGUACCUGUUCAUGUCACGCAGUGAGAUGGAGGCGGACAUUAAGAGCGGCCGCUUCCUGGAGCACGGCGAGUACGACGGGAACCUGUACGGCACCAAGAUCAACUCCAUCCACGAGGUGAUCGAGUCGGGCAAAGUCUGCAUCCUGGACGUCAACCCACAGGCUCUCAAAGUGCUGCGGACGGCCGAGUUCCUGCCCUACGUCGUGUUCAUCGAAGCCCCCGACUUUGAAGUUCUCAAGGACAUGAACAGAUCUGCGAUCGAGGCUGGAGUCGUCACCAAACAGCUCACUGACUGCGAGCUGAAGAGGACGGUGGAGGAGAGCGAGAGGAUCCAGAGAGCUUACGGUCACUACUUCGACCUCACCAUCGUCAACGAUAACCUGGACGGCGCGUAUCGCAGCCUGAAGGGGGCGCUAGAGAGACUGAGCACCGAGCACCAGUGGGUUCCUGUGAGCUGGGUUUUCUGAGCCCCACUAAGCUUCAUAUAUUUAUAUUAGAGUGCGGUGAAAUGUGAGCAGCUCGUAAAUAAACCUAGAAAACUAGAAAUGAACCUAGGAUCAGUAAUGUUUAAAUACUACCAAAAACACACAAGUUUUUUUUUUUUCAUGGCAAUUAUAUUGACACAAAUCUAUUUUUAACAAAAAUAAGGCAUAAGAUUCUGGGAAUCGGCGUGUGAUCUUGGAUAUAUAUUUACCGAUACCUGUUAUGCGCCCUCUAGUGGUCACGCAGUUUACCUAACAUUUAAAGAUGGCCGCUCACGCAGGCUAGGCUUGUGCGAUUAUAAAGAUUUAAUCAUUCCUGUACGAUCUUACACUGCCACAAUGUCCAGGUACAUUCAUUCUGCUAAUAUGAUCUUUCUAAUCGUACAUGUUUACCAUUUAACUCUCGAAUUGCCCUCUUAAUGACCUCAUCGGCUGUAAUUGCGAUAAGAAAAUGGCGGACGCGAAAGGAAAAUGGUCACGUUCUAAUCAAGGGUCGACCCUCCAAGGUCGUCACACUAUAAAUCUUAGGAAUGACCGAAAAAUCCACCAUCCUGCUGAGUUUUCCGAAUUGUCACUGCCAACAAGCAGUUCCUGACCUACUUCUCUAUUCACAACCCCUCGAUCAUGGGGAGCCUUCAUCAACUCCACAAAGGAGCAGCUGGAGGUGGACAGUAAGGCCAGCUUGAUUGGUUGCCGUACAGAAACGUGCUGCAGCAGUGAUGUCCGAGUUGCGAUAAGAAAAUGGCUUUAGGUUCGUUAAUCGAGAUUUUUUUUUUUUUUUAAUGAUAAAUCACGAGCAGGGAGAAAUCAAUAUCUCACAAGCCUAGUGCAUGCUUUCACAAAUGUCGUAAACAUGUUUUUGUCCGUAAGGCUUGUUCAUUGUUUUUGUUUUAUUCCACUUUUUUUUUUUUUUUAAUAUUAUUGAUGGAGUAACGCUACCAAAAUGAUUUGUUUAUUUUAUUUCAGAAUGUUUUUUUGUGAUUAAUCAUUACACGAUCACACUGAAGUCAAAGUGGGAAGAAAAAAAACGAAUAAAUUGGUAUACUAACCAAAAUAUUUACACGAUGCUGUAA